UGGAUUGGGAAAAGCGGAUAGUCCGACUUGAAUUGGGUCAACUAAUGGAGCUAAAUUCUCAUUCUCAGUCGCAACAGAGCACGCGGAGAAAAAAACCUCACAUUUCAGACCAAGUUAUCUCCGCCUUCCGUUGCCGGAAACAGCAUGGUGCGGUUACAGCCUGAUCCCUUCCUCAAUGAACUUACCAAUAUGUUUGAGCGGACUACAGAAAAGGGCUCUGUGUGGGUUACUUUGAAGCACUCUUCUGACAAGUCCAAGGUUAAGAGGAACAAGAUGAAGACAGCUGGGGAAAAGAUUGAAUUUAAGUGCCUAAUUCGAGCUACAGAUGGAAAGAAAACUAUUUCAACAAUGGUCGGUCCUAAAGAUCACCAACGUUUCCAGUCGAGUUAUGCAACUAUCUUGAAAGCCCGGAUGACUGCCUUGAAAAAGAGGGAGAGGAAGGACAAGCGAAAGACAGCAGAUUCUGAUAAAAAGCAGGACCAGAAGAAGCAAUCCAAACCCUCUAACUAAAGAGUUGCUUGAAUGUUUUUCUUUUUAUCGUUUAUAUUGUAUGAAUACAUCGAGUCAUGUGAUAUUAAGAAAUCUUAACAAUUUUUGUGA